AUGGCAAUAGGUCUAACUAUGGUUAAAUUUAAUGAUGAUGCAACAAGGGAUCGGGUUUUGGAAACUGGAAUUCUUCACUUUGAUAGGAAACCAGUGAUCAUUCGGCCCUGGUCUUCAGAUUUGAGUGCUUUUCGAAUGAUACGGUCAGUUCCACUUUGGAUCCAACUACAAGAUCUUGGGCUCCAAUAUUGGGGAAUCAAAUGCCUUAGUGCUCUUGUUAGUACUUUAGGCAAGCCAAUCAUGGUGGACAAGUUUACUCGUGAACGUUCUAGAGUUCAGUUUGCUAGGAUUAUGGUGGAGAUGGAAAUUAAUGAUAACCCGCCUAGGACAAUACAAUUUUUGAAUGAGCAUGGCCAGUUAUUAGAACAAGGGGUAGAAUAUGAAUGGUUACCUAAGAAGUGCAAAACUUAUGCUGGAUAUGGCCACACUAUGGCUGACUGCCGUAAGGAACAGAAAGAUCAGGGGAAGCUGAAGGUCUCUCCUUCAAAGAGUUCUGAAAUGAUAGGGAGAGACAAGGGUAAGGAUGAUACUAAUGUUUCUGCUGUGACAAGGAAAGAUAAGGGGAAGGAAGGUGUUGUGAUUUCUGCUGGGAUUUCAUCUUCAAAAAAGAGUUCUAUUAAUGAGGAAAUGGUUGCUGGUAAGAUACAACAUAUUACUGAGGUGUCGCCAGAUGAGAAUGGCAAGAUUGGGUCUAAAACAGUUUGGCAAUCUCCUAAGAAGGUGGUUUACAAGCAGGGGAAAGCAGACAGGAGACGGCAAAGGGAUAACUCAGGCUCGGUUGCAUCAGGGAAGCCUCAGUCCAGUUACUUUAUGGUUCUGCAAGAUCAGGUUGAAGUUUUGAAUCUUUGUAGUGAGAAUAAAGUCGGAGUGGGUGCUCUUUUGGAAACAAAAAUGAGGGGGUCAAAAGUUAUUGAAAUGAUGGCUAAUAGGUUUUUGAACUGGGAGUACUACUCUAGUUCGAUUACUGAAGGAAAAAUCCUUAUAAUUUGGAGGAGGGCCUUUGUUAAGGUUACUGUGGUUGAAGAAACUAGUCAGUUUGUUCACUGUCAAGUUCGAAUGGCUGAUUUGAAUUUCCCUUUUAGUGUUAUGUUUGUAUAUGGGCGUAAUACGUUGGAGGAAAGGAAGAACUUAUGGCAUAACUUACCUAUGAGUACAGCUGAUGGUUGGGUAAUUUUGGGAGAUGUUAAUGCAGUGUUUAAAGCUAAUGAAAGGGACGGAGGAAAGCCUGUUUCCAAAGUUGAGCUUGUUGAUUCUUCUCAAUGGUUAGCUAAUUCUCAGCUUGAAGUGCUUAAUGAAACAGGUUCAUUUUAUACUUGGACGAAUAAUCAAGAAGGCCAGGCUCGAAUUUAUUCUAAAAUUGAUCAUGCUUAUGCUAAUGAGAAAUGGCAGGAUUUAUUUCCUACUUCCACAGCUGUUUUCAAAUGGGAAACAAUUUCAGACCACUGUUCUUGUACUAUAUCUAUUCAGACAAUGGAGUUCUUGGGUGUCAAGCUAUUCAGGUUCUAUAACUUCUAG